AAUUGGAAAAUACAGGUAAAUAUAUAUAUAUGAACAAGCUCUGCGACGCCAUUGAAAGUUGCCGAACUCUUCCUUUUGGUUUGCAUGGACUUUGAUAAACGAACAUAGCGAUUUUACCUUUUUCAAAGCAUUUCAGUGAAUGGGCAGGUGGAGACCAGCUUCCUUUCUUCUCCACCACAUAACCACUGCGGCCAAAUCUCUUGCUCUAAACCCUUCUUUCUCUUCCAAGCCUCUCCAUCUUUCAAAUCGUUCAAGACCCACUUACCAUUUCCUCAGUUUGAGACGUUUCUCUGCACUCCCAUCUCGGGUCCCUGUUGAUACCGAUGAAUUUGAUUCUGAGGAUCCGCAUUCUUGUCAAAACUAUGGAUUUGGAGUCCAGGAAGAUGAGGAUACAGGAAAGAUUCCUGUCAAAGCCUAUUUUCUCUGCACCAGUAUAAAUUUAAAAAGCAUGCAAGCCGAUAACAUAACUUAUGUACUUCCUCCUACGUCUCGCUCAUCGAACUACAUUGCCCUCAGAUAUUGCGAUACACGUUCAGAAACUACUGGACGUGGAGUCAAGAAGAAAAUGAACCGCUGCCGGUAUAUGGUUGUAUUCCAGUAUGGAUCUGCUGUGCUUUUUAAUAUUGAUGACCAUGAAAUUGAUUCCUACUUAGAAGUAGUUAGAAGAUAUGCUUCUGGGUUGCUUCCGGAGAUGAGGAAAGAUGAUUAUGCAGUAAAAGAGAAGCCAUUAUUGGUCCAAGAUAUGCAGGGAGGUCCAGACUACAUUGUACUCAAAACCUUAGACACCGAUAGUAUCCGCAUUAUUGGAAGUGUGCUUGGCCAAAGUAUUGCUUUAGAUUAUUUUGUUUCGCAGGUUGAUGGUAUGGUUGAAGAGUUUGCAGAUAUAAAUCGUGGAAUGGAGAAAACUGGCACUUUCACCAUGGAUAAGAAGAAGCUUCUUCAGCUUGUUGGGAAGGCUAACUCAAACCUAGCUGAUGUGAUUCUCAAAGUUGGUCUUUUUGAGAGAUCAGAAAUUGCUUGGAGAGAUGCUAAAUAUGCUCAAAUAUAUGAGUACCUUAGAGAGGAGUAUGAGGUCGCACAACGCUUUGGAAACUUGGAUUUCAAACUAAAAUUUGUAGAGCACAAUAUUCAUUUCCUCCAAGAGGUCCUGCAAAACAGGAAGUCAGAUCUCUUGGAAUGGUGUGUCAUUGGCCUGUUGAGCAUUGAGAAUGUCAUAUCAGUAUACGAGAUUGUUCGCGACUCAACUGCAUAAUUUGGCAAGCAGAUGAAAUUUUGAUAGCCAAGACUAAAAAUUAAAGGGUCAUAUUAUUGGUUCACAUAGAGCAAUUUUUAUAUUUUUUUUAUUUCUCAUCUUGCAUAUUGUUUUAAAAUUCUUGAGCAGAUAUUAUUUGGAAACAGGGAAAAGAAAAAUAAAAAUAAAAAUAAAAUAACAAAAAAAACCAAGCAAAAAGUCUGGUGUAUGAAAUAUAGGAACAGCAAUACGGGGAAUCAGAUAACAAGAAAAAAUUAUGGGGUAUCAAUUGUUUUAUAAAUGAUAUAUUUAUGUAUUUCUGAAUAUCAUUAUUAUAGUUUUGUAGCCGCUUUAUAAUCUUGCUA